AUGAGAGAAAUCGUACACAUUCAAGCUGGCCAGUGUGGUAACCAGAUUGGUGCCAAGUUCUGGGAGGUUAUCUCUGACGAACAUGGAAUCGAUCAAAGUGGUACCUACCACGGAGACAGUGACCUACAACUUGAAAGAGUUGAUGUCUUCUACAAUGAAGCAUCCGGAGGACGUUAUGUACCCCGUGCUAUCUUGAUGGACCUUGAACCCGGAACCAUGGACUCUGUUCGUGCUGGACCUUUCGGACAGCUAUUCCGACCAGACAACUUUGUUUUCGGACAAACUGGUGCCGGUAACAAUUGGGCCAAAGGUCACUACACCGAGGGAGCGGAACUCAUAGACUCCGUCCUUGAUGUUGUACGCAAGGAGGCCGAGGGAUGUGAUUGCCUUCAAGGUUUCCAAAUCACACACUCACUUGGUGGUGGUACUGGAAGUGGUAUGGGAACUUUACUUAUCAGCAAGAUCCGUGAGGAAUACCCAGACAGGAUUAUGGAGACUUUCUCUGUUUUCCCUUCACCCAAGGUAUCAGACACCGUCGUAGAACCCUACAAUGCUACGUUGUCUGUACACCAGCUAGUAGAAAAUGCUGAUGAGGUCCAGGUUAUCGAUAAUGAAGCCCUUUAUGACAUCUGCUUCCGCACCCUGAAACUCACCACACCUACUUACGGUGACCUCAACCACCUAGUAUCGGCUGCCAUGUCAGGUGUUACAUGCUCACUGCGUUUCCCAGGACAACUGAACUCGGACCUCAGGAAGCUGGCUGUCAACCUUAUCCCCUUCCCAAGGCUACACUUUUUCAUGAUCGGUUUCGCACCACUCACCAGCAGAGGUAGCCAGCAGUACCGUGCUCUUUCCGUUGCCGAGCUCACUCAACAGAUGUUCGAUGCCAAGAACAUGAUGUGCGCUUCGGACCCAAGGAGGGGAAGGUACCUUACUGCCUGUGCCAUGUUCAGAGGACGCAUGAGCACCAAGGAGGUGGAUGAGCAAAUGUCUAUGGUACAGAACAAAAACAGCUCUUACUUCGUUGAAUGGAUCCCACACAACACCAAAUCUAGUGUUUGUGACAUCCCACCAAAGGGACUUAAGAUGGCUGUUACUUUCGUAGGUAACUCGACUGCUAUCCAGGACAUGUUCAAGAGGGUAUCGGAACAAUUCACCGCUAUGUUCAGGAGGAAGGCCUUCCUUCACUGGUACACUGGAGAGGGUAUGGACGAGAUGGAAUUCACUGAGGCAGAGUCUAACAUGAACGACCUUGUCAGCGAAUACCAGCAGUACCAGGAAGCCACCAUCGACGACGAUGUCGAAGACAUGGGUGACGACUACUGA